GCUCCGAGCUACCGAGGUCAGAGGCUUGAGUCUAAGACACAGAGCGUAUCAUGUUGAAGAUGAGCGGGUGGCAGCCACAGAGCCAAAAUCAGAGCCGGAACCUGAGGAGAGAGUGUUCCAGAAGGAAGUGUAUCUUCAUACAUCACCACACCUGAGAGCAGAGCCUGAUCCAACUGCAGAGAUGGCAGCUGAGUCAUUGCCUUUUUCCUUUGGGACACUGGCCAGCUGGGAGCUAGAAGCCUGGUAUGAGGACCUGCAAGAGGUGCUGUCCUCAGAUGAAAAUGGGGGUACCUAUGUUUCACCCCCUGGAAACAAGGAGGAAGAAUCAAAAUCCUUCACCACUCUUGACCCUGCCUCUCUGAGUUGGCUGACUGAGGAGCCAGGACCAGCAGAGGUCACGAACACCUCCCAGAGCCCUUGCUCUCCAGAUUCCAGUCAGAGCUCCCUCGCUCAGGAGGAAGAAGAGGAAGACCACAGAAGACCCAGGAAACGGAAACAGAGUGGCCAGUCCCCAGCUGGGGCUGGAAAGCAACGCAUCAAGGAGAAAGAACAAGAGAAUGAGAGGAAAGUGGCACAGCUAGCUGAAGAGAAUGAACGGCUCAAGCAGGAAAUCGAGCGCCUGACCAGGGAAGUAGAGGCGACUCGCCGAGCUCUCAUUGACCGAAUGGUUAAUCUGCACCAAGCAUGAACAGUUGGGACCAUCGCUUCCCCCUCAGGCCACUACCUACCGUUCACAAAAGUGGCUGCCGACCAUCUCCUCCAGUGCCAGUGAUGUGACCCUCAACCCCAUCUAGUCAGGAGUGGGGGAAGCUUGGGGUAGAUGACAGGAAAGGGUCUCAGCAUGUAUAUAGAGAUUGUUCAUUUAUUUAUUACUGUCCGUAUCCAUUAAAGUCACUUUCUAUGA